AUGAGAGAAUUGUUUACUUCGUGUUUCAGUUGCACUAAAAAGGCACCACACAAAACAAAUAAAAUCGAAUUCGAUCGAUCACAAACGUAUGUGAAACAAGUUGCUCCGACUGCAAAACCUGCUGCUGCCAGGAAACCGUCCUCUGCCCCGAGCGCUCCUCCUUCUCCUGCUUUUUCCACAAAAUCAGCUUCUCCUGCGAAAGCUGCUUCCCCUGCGAAAGAUCUUUCUCCAGUGACAUCCCGCAUUCCUGAACAGGAAACAAAAGAUAGCGAAGAUUAUUCACCAGAGAGAAUCCGGGGCCUCAAGAGAAAAUCGGUAGUGGCGGAAGGACCGAUUGUGUACCCCGACAAAUUUGUUGGGGCCCCUGAAGUGUUUGGAAUGCCUGGUGCUCUGUUUAAUAAGUACGGUCUCGAGGGUGAUAUGUUCUACUCGUACCUGGGAGCGAAGGACGCGGUCAUGGUCUUCUUUUAUGAUCCCACCAGCCCUGUGUGUGAGAUGGCCAGACUUAAUUUUCGACAGGCUGCAAAGCACACCAACAGAGAAGGUCAUGGCUACGCGGCUGUUGAUUGUAGGGAGAUGACACAUAUCUGUGACACAGAAAAUAUCUACGAGGUGCCUACUUUUAAGCUCUACUCAUAUGGCAAGUUGGUAGGACGGUACGGCGAAACAACAACAGCAGCAGAGCUACAGCAUUUUGUGGAAACGUCUCCUGUCGUUGACAACUCUUCUCAGUCACCACAAGCCUGCGGUAGUUCUUAG